UAAAUAUCCUGCUGAAAAUGACUCAUGGUUCAAUGAAAGCACUGUACCUGCAACCCUGUUUAGAACAUUUUACUUUUAACCUAAUGAUAAUUAAAAACACAACGUUGCUGUGUGUGUAAUACAUCAUCUCAUUGUGUUGUUUGGUUGUUGGAGGUGAAUCAGCAGAAAGACUUCCUGAAGCCUUUGCUGGUCUAUAUGAGCCGUGUGAGGUGAUUGUAUAGGAAACCUCCUGGUUCCUUUUCACCGCACUGCACACAAUGAACAGACCCCCUCUCUCUGCCAGCCAUAAAGCCCCCACACACUACAAUUACCUCUUUGUGGCCUAAAGAACCCUGAAUUCCCCAGCAUGACACAAAAGGCAUUUGCACAAUUCAGGUGACGGACGUUCCUCCUUUUGCAUCACAGCUGCAUGAAAAACACAGAAUCGUAGAUGAAUUAAACAUGUUUAUGCUGCUCAACAAAGUCGAAAGAGUCCAUGUCUAGAUUUCUACUUUUAGGUAAAUCUAACCUCAAUAAUUACUCCCCUGCGAUGGUUUGAACUUUCCCCAGGUCUCUCUCUAUUCUCUACUAAUGGUAUGAAACGUAAUCCAAGCUUCACAGUAAAACAGCCUGUAGCGAUGGAAAAUUACCAGUCUUUAUCUCCAACUGAGAGACCAAAGACAGCUUUGAACGGUCAUAGCAUUAGUGGAACACUUUCAUUUCCUGUAAAAUCUGUGUCUGUAUUUUACUUUAGGUCUGAAUUUAUGCCUGUUUGAGUGAAUUACAUCAGUUCACUGGAUUCAGUGACUAUAACCCAAAAUCAAAAAAACACUGUAGAUGAGUAAAAGAACUGCAUUUCCUGUCAGCCUUGGCUAUGAGGUGCUGAACAAAGGGCACAUACACACUCAAAGUAAAUAUUAGAUAACUUAUGAGUAAAUGUGGUGCAGGGCAAACGCAGAUUUAGUAUUUUAUGAUUUCACGCUCCAGCAGCACCUAGAAUAAAAAGAGCGGCGUCGUUUGCUGAAAGGACCCAUAUUUGUUUGCUGCUAUUGAGCAACAAGUCCAACAAGUUCCUCACUCAUUCAGUAUGAAUGUGACACACACACACACACACACACACACACACACACACACACACACACACACACACACACACACACACACACACACACACACACAGACUUACUUGCAUCGCUUAUAGCCGCGGCUCAGGGAACCAAAUUAAGCACGUAGACUGUGUCGCUUCACGGUUAAGAAGAUUAGCUGCGAUUUAGCCACGCAGCAGUGGCCAGCAGCACCGUCCGCUCAGACCCGCUCCUGUACACACCUGCUCCAGAACAGACCCGCUCCAGAACAGGCCCACUGAGCAGACGUGGGCCCUGAGGACCGCACGUGGAGCUGCGCUCUUCCCUGUGACACCUGAACCCCUGGAAAAGGUCAGUUCCCUGUGUUUCCUAAUCGUGAACCACCCACAGGUAACAUCACCUAGAGGCCCAGGGCCGCUCCUCUGGGCUCCACAGCUCAGUGUCGCAGUGAGAGGAGAGCGGCCGACGCCUUCCUCCCAGUCUGGAUUCCAGAGCAGACGGUGAACAUGCUUCAACAUGGCGGCUCACAUCCUCUGGACCGCGUUUGCAUGGACAUUCAGAGGGAUACUGUGCACGUGCAGGUUCCUUUGGAUAUGCCCAUACAACGCAAUCAAGUUCUUGCCGAGGGAAUCGCCCGUUGCGAGGGGAGUGAAGCGACAGCUGAAAGAGCUUGUGGGUUCUAAAGGCAAAGGCGCCGCAGCCAUCCCCGGCAGCCCCGACCGCACGGCCGCGCUCCACAAGAGACUGACGAAGACGGAGAGGGAGAUCCUGUCGCUCCAGACCAGGUUGGCCUGCGAGAGGGCGUCGUGGGAGCGGAGGUUCGCGGAGCUGCAGGGCCGACAGGAGGACCUGCGUCACCAGCUGGUGCUGAAGGUGGGCGGAUGCGGCGACCGGGCGGAACCCGGGCCGGACAACGGCGACGCGUUCGAGGACUGCUCAGGCGGCCUCUCAGGACCGACGUACCGGCACGGAGCGAGCGAGGUGUCGUCCAGAGGUGACGCCUACGCGAGCUGUGCGUCGGGCCGCUUCUCUCCGUCCUCCGUGUCUUCAGCAGCCAGCGUCAGGUCGUGGAGGGCGUCCCCCGGGCAUCACCGCGUCUUCGCCCCCCACUCCCCCGUGGACCUGCAGGUGGGCCACCGGGUCCGGGUCCUGCUGCCGUCCGGGCGGAUCAGCACGGGGGCGGUCCGUUUCCUGGGCCACCUGCAGGGGGAGCCAGACCUCCAGCUUGGGGUGGAGCUGCAGACGCCUGAGCACGGUCUGCACGACGGCAGCCACAGGGGACACACCUACUUUGAAUGCAAACCUGGGUAUGGUGCCUUCGUACCAUUCCACAAACUACUGAUGGCCUGGGAAUGACAACAACAUCUGUGUUGUAUGUGUGUGAGACAUAUUUAAUUUAACUCUAAUUCAAAAUAAAACACGUUUCCAAGCCUU